CACUGAGGGUUCCGCUGCUGUCAGACUCUAUUGCUCAACGUUUGCCAGACUUGGAUAAGAGUGGACGGAGGGACUUGGGGCCGGAGAAGGGAUUCACGAGCUGAUUUUUUGGAGACACUAGUGAGUGGAUUGUGAUCAUUCUGUAAGGUUGAAUUAAGGCUGGACAGUGGUGAUGUCACUGCAAAUGAGUGAGGCAGAGGGGGCCGUGAAGGUGGAGGAGUGGCAGCAGACGUUUUAUGCCUUAGACUCAGGCAUUCAGUCAGGAGCCACCACCAUUCGAGAUGAGGAUGAGUCUGAGUGCAGUAAGAAGUACAGCGGCAGUGCCAGCGCUGGCGAGAGCGCCACAGAUAUCGAGGCUCAGUACAAUCUAACUCGAGCUCAGCGAGUACGUGCGGCCAUGUUCCCCGAGACGCUGGUGGAGGGAGAGACGGUGCUCACUGCGCAGAGCAAUCCAGACCAGCCCACCAAUGUGCAGAGACUGGCCGAGCCCUCGCAGCUCCUCAAAACAGCCAUCGUCCACCUCAUCAACUAUCAGGAUGAUGCUGAGCUGGCCACUCGCGCCGUACCAGAGCUCACCAAACUGCUGGCCGAUGAGGACCAGGUGGUGGUAAACAAGGCAGCACUGAUUGUGAACCAGCUUACGCGGAAGGAGGCGUCUCGCCGUGUGCUCAUGCAGUCUCCUCAGAUGGUGUCGGCUGUGGUGAGGGCCAUGCAGAACACCGGAGACCUGGAGACGGCCCGCUGCGCUGCCAGCAUCCUGCACAGCCUCUCCCACCAGCGCGAGGGCCUGCUAGCCAUCUUCAAAUCGGGCGGCAUCCCCGCACUAGUGCGCAUGCUCAGUUCCCCUAUGGAGUCAGUGCUGUUCUAUGCCAUUACCACGUUACACAACCUGUUACUGCACCAGGAGGGAGCCAAGAUGGCGGUGCGUCUGGCUGAUGGACUGCAACGGAUGGUCCCUCUUCUGAAAAAGACCAACCCCAAGUUCCUGGCCAUCACCACAGACUGCCUGCAGCUGCUGUCUUACGGCAAUCAGGAGAGCAAGUUGAUCAUCCUGGCAAAUGGUGGGCCAGAAUGUUUGGUGUUCAUUAUGAGAAACUACAAUUAUGAGAAGCUCCUGUGGACCACCAGCAGAGUCCUGAAGGUGCUUUCUGUCUGUCCAAGCAACAAGCCGGCUAUUGUUGACGCUGGAGGUAUGCAGGCUCUCGGCCAACAUCUCACAGGUUCGAGUCAGCGUCUGACACAGAACUGCUUGUGGACCCUGAGGAAUCUCUCUGACGCUGCAACCAAGCAGGCAAAAAUCUGGAUCAUGGAAGGUCUGGACGGUCUCCUGCAGAUCUUAGUGAGUCAGCUGGGAUCAGAUGACGUGAACAUGCUGACCUGCGCUACUGGCAUCCUGUCAAACCUCACCUGCAACAACGCGCGCAACAAAGCCCUGGUCACCCAGAGCGGUGGGGUGGAGGCGCUCAUUCAUGCCGUGUUGCGAGCCGGAGAAAAGGAGGAUGUGGCCGAGCCGGCCGUCUGCGCCCUGCGUCAUCUCACGAGCCGCCACCCCGAUGCAGAGCUGGCCCAGAAUGCAGUGCGUCUGCACUACGGCAUCCCCGCCAUCACCAAGCUCUUGGGCCAGCCGCACUAUUGGCCUGUAGUAAAGGCCACAGUGGGUUUAAUUCGUAACUUGGCCCUGUGUCCGGCCAAUCAGGCGCCUCUGAGAGAAUCUGGGACAAUCCCUCGACUGGUCAACCUGCUAUUGAAAGCUCAUCAGGAAACUCAAAGACACGGCUCCGGGGCCCAGCAGACCUAUCAGGAUGGCGUGCGAAUGGAGGAGAUCGUGGAAGGCUGUACAGGAGCUUUGCAUAUACUGGCCAGAGAUCCCAUCAACCGAGGGGAGAUCGCCAGCAUGCAGACCAUUCCUCUGUUUGUGCAACUUCUGUACUCCUACGUGGAGAACAUAAAGCGUGUGUCUGCUGGUGUUUUGUGUGAACUGGCUCUGGAUAAACAGUCUGCCGAGAUGAUCGACGCAGAAGGAGCAUCUGCACCUCUAAUGGAGCUCCUGCACUCUCCCAAUGAGGGGAUUGCCACCUAUGCUGCAGCCGUUCUCUUCCGCAUCUCUGAGGACAAGAGUUCAGACUACAGGAAGCGUGUGUCAGUGGAGCUCACUCAUUCCCUCUUCAAACAUGACCCUGCAGCCUGGGAAAUGGCACACGCCGCCAUGCCACUCGACCCUGGAUAUAUACCAGAUGAUCUGGAUGCGGUUUACCCUCCAUAUGGUUACUCUGAUUUACCCAUGGAUGGCCUCCCGCUGGACGCUGAGCUACAUGAGCAAUACAUGCCAGAAAUGACCUAUGACCCUCGACAGGUGUACCCAAAUCCUCUUUAACAACACUGCCAGCAGUCUUCAGGUCAAAUGAAGAGGAUGAUGAAGAUGAAGACUACAAACCAGUUUGUUCCCUGCGAAAAAAAACACGGAGCAGGGCCUGAACUGUGCAGUGCUCGAACGAGAGAAGAACAAAACACACGACUUGCUUUAGUUCACCACCGGUCUGUUUGUGACGUGAACUCUAAGCACUGCCUAACUCAUCUUGUUAUCUUGUGCUACUAACAGAGUGACAAAGCCUAAAAGUGUGGUGACGCGAUAAGCAUGUGAUCAUAACAUGUACAUUUUGUACUUUAUAUUGUUUGUCCAAAGAUGUCCAAACAACUCCGUCCUAGAAAUGUAGCAUAGCUAGCUAGCGGCUCAGCCACACGAGGGUUCCUUUUCCUUUGCGUUCUGUGUAUUUGUGGCUCUGAGGCAUUGCUACCGAGUAGAAAAUAAACAAAAGCAACAACAAAACCUACAUCUAAAAACAAAAACUUGUUUGUAUUUUCAUAAUCUCACUAUUAUAAGAUGACAUUUGUUGACAUUGAUAUGUUGUCCUGCCUUUUUUCUGGUCAAGGGCAGGAUUUCUUCUGUUUUAUUUGUUUUAUUGUGUUUAAGAGACAAACUGAUAUUCAGUUGGAAGAGAAGGUUUGUGGAGUAUGAUUUCAUGAUUUCAUAAGACAUUUUAGCAGGCAUUGAUGGAUGAUAGAUCUUUAAACAUUAUUCACAGCUAUAAUAUACAAACGUAUCUCUGGACACAAAUUCCUAAUAAAAUAACGCCAAUGGUUUUGAAAUUAAAUUCUCAACAAGCACAUACAAGUGUCCAAAUACAGUUGGAUAUAGGUCCAUUUAUUUUCUAUUAUAUAUUAGCUGUAUUUUUUAAUGACACCGCUAUCAUGCAACAACAUAAUAAAUCCAAAAUGAAUUGUAUGAUUCAUACAUUUGCACGUAUGUCAACAUUGCUGAAUUAAAUAAGUACAAUGUAUGGCCACUUGUGUAGUAUAUUUUAGAGAAAUCUAAUAUACAGUGAUUCUAUAAAAUAACCAUUUGUUUUUCAUUCAGUGCUAUUACUGUAAUAGGGAACAUUUCACAAGGAGCAUGAUGUCAUUAUCAUGAAUGAGAUGUUUUUAUUAUUUUAUUUUGCAUAAUCAGUUAGUUUUGUUAUUUUGAUUAUGCUCUAGUCUAGAAUUAUGGUAUAUUGUUGUUCAUUAAGACUGAACACAGUGUACUGUUUUACAAAGGAAUGAUUAGCAUUAUAAUGAUUGCUUUUCCUACCUUGCAGUUUUAAGUCGCCCCUAAAUAGUUUCCAGCUAGACUUUCAAUACAAAAUAACCCCAUUAUUAUUACACAGCUCUCUGGAACACGUUAUUCUGAUUGGUCAAAUUAUUGUACGAUUAUGACUGGCCGACUACAUUAUCCUUUACUUGUUUACCCCAGAGUAUUCACUCUCUUAUGCCCUCUUUAUAUAACAUCCCUUAGACUUUAAAUAUUUUUUAUACAAAAACUAUAUUGUUUUACAUCAUUGUAUAUAGACAAAUAUAAUUGUGCUAAUCUUGUUUUGAAUGACAUGCUGAAUUUUGUGGUCAUAUGACUGAUUAUGAUGCAAGGGAUCUUACACAUGCAUUUGAAAGGCAUUGCAGUCGGUGUGAAGUGUGAUUGCUGAUUGAUGAAAUUGCAGUAAUUGUCAUGCAUCGUUCAUUAACUGUAACUAUUAGUGGAGAAUUUAACUUCAUGAUUACAAAUCUGCCUGCCAUCUGUUGGUAUAUAAGGAACAUGUAUGUGCCAAAAGUAAUAGUAGUUAGAUUCAUGAAGACUAUUCUGGUACGGUUGCCCCUGUUAUGCUCAAAUCUUUUACAGCAGUGGUGUUCGUAUCAAUCGUGUUAAAGGAAUAGUUCACACAAAAAUAAAAAUUUGCUCAAUAUGUAUUCGCACUCAGGCCAAGAUGUAGAUUAGUUUGUUUCUUCAUUUGAACAGAUUUUGAGAAAUGUAGCAGUGAAUGGGUGCCGUCAGAAUGAGAGUCCAAAACAUCACAAUAAUACACUAGUAAUCCACACCACUCCAGUCCAGCAAUUAAUGUGGGAAGCGAAAACCUGCAAGUUAGUAAGAAACAAAUCCAUCAAGACAUUAACUUAAGUCCAUUGCGUCCAUCUAAAAUAUAAGUCCAUAAUCAAUAAUAUUGCUUUCUCCAGUGAAAAAGUCAUCUCGUCUGAAUCAGGAGAGAAAUAUGCACAGAUCAAGCACUGGUUACAAGCAAAAACAGUUCUAAACAAAUGUUUUGGUGGAUUUUGAUGCGAGAAGUCACUGGAGGAAGUAUUAUUAAGGAUUAUGGACUUAUAUUUUGGCCAGAAGCGAUGGUUUAAAGUUAAAAAUGCCUUAUUGACGGAUUUGUUUCUUACAAACAGAUUUUUGCUUAAGAUAUGACAUGGACUGGAUUUAUGUGGAUUACUUGUGGAUUAUUGUGAUGUUUGGACUCUCAUUCUGACGGCACCCAUUCACUCGUUGGUGAUAUAAUGCUGAAUUUCUCCAAAUCUGUUCUGAUGAAGAAACAAGCUCAUCUUGGAUGGCCUAAGGGUGUGUAAAUUUGUCAGCAAAUAUUUAUUUUUGGGUCAACUAUUCCUUUAACUUUUAAGCAAAUAUGUGGAACAGGAUCUGAGAAACAGGAUAAUUUGGUUAGUUACGUGGGCUCUUUCAUGUCAUGGAGAGAUUUGUGAUUUUUCUGCAUAUUCAGUGAUAAUUGCACUCCUGAUGAUGCUGUCAUCAUAGAGUAAAUCAUUUCAACAUGCCCACCUGCAACAAAAAAAGAAAAAAAACUAAAAAAACAUGCACGGAAUGUCAACGGGGAAUCACAGUGAAUAUGCAUUUUUACUGAACAUUUUAGUUUGACAGUGGUUUUUUUUGUUUGUUUUCAAAUAAAUAAACUGAAUUAUAUUAAC